UGGGGUGGGGAGAUGGGCGGGGGCGAGAAGGAAGACUCCCGCGUAGUCGCAAAGGCAAGAUCCAGGUUCGUGGCGAGUGGGCGAGUGGGCGGGGCCUCGAGCCCGGGGGCGGGGCCUAGGUCUCGGGGUCUGUCCGCGCUGUCUCGCCCACUUGCCUUCCCCCCGCACCCCUCCGUUCUUUUCGGUUAUUUUCUGCUACGGCCGUUCCCCGCCCUGCCCUGGGCCCAGGGGGCCGCGGUGUGCGCUCGGGUCUGCGGGAGGAGUCGAAAUGGGGAACGUGCAGUCGGAGUCGUCCACAGGUGGGGGCUCCCGAAAAGAGCAGGCCUCGGACCGCGCCUCCGACUCCCGCCGGACGUCCCUGGUAGAGCCCGAGGGGACCCCCCCGUCCCCGGCCAUGCGCCUGGCCCGGGGGCUGGGCGUCUGGUUCCCUGGCAGCUCCGCGCCCCCGGGCCUCCUGGUACCCCCGGAGCCGCAGGCCUCUCCCGCGCCCCUGCCCCUGACCUUAGAACUGCCCUCACCAGUGACGCCCCCUUCAGAGGCGGCGGCAGCAGCCGCGGUGUCCACACCACCCCCGCCCCCUGUGGGGACCCUGCUGCCCGCACCGUCUAAGUGGCGAAAAUCCACGGGCGCCCCGGUAACCCGGAUCCGCGGUCUGUUGGAGGCGAGCCAUCGCGGCCAGGGCGACCCUCCGAGCCUCCGCCCACGGCCGCCGACGCCGCGGCCACUCACCCAAGAGGACCCCAACUUUGCCCCGAGGGUUUCAACCCCGACUCCGCCGCCCCCGGAGCCGCGGAAGCCGCCGCCGCCGCCGCCUUCCGACCGUCAGACCCCGGACCGCAGAAUCGCGCCCGCUCUGGCCACACCUGCCAAAGCCCCUCCGGAGGGCCGGGCCGGGCCGGGCGCCGAGACCCCGACGGCCGGCGGACCCCGCCGAGGGCCGCUCCUGCAGGCGGGCGAGGGCGAGAUGGCCCGGGCCGCGGCCUCGGAGUCCGGCCUGAGCCUGCUGUGCAAAGUCACCUUCAAGUCGGGGCCCCCGCUGGCUCCCCCCGCGGCGUCCAGCUCCUUGCCGGCCAAAGCCUCGCUCGGGGGCGCGGGCGCCGGAGGCCACUUCUCCGCCACCUCGGGGGCCAUCUCCUACGCUGAAGUCCUCAAGCAGGGGCCCCUGGCACCCGGGGCCUCCCGCCCGUCGGGGGAGGCCCCGCGGGGGGCUCAGGAAGCGGAGGGCGGCGACGGAGACGGCGAGGGGUGUUCCGGAGCCCCCUCGGCGCCUGCGUCCCACGCCCGUACCCUCCCUCCGCCUCCCUACACCACCUUCCCAGCCUCGAAGCCCAAAUUCGAGUGGGUGAGCGCUCCCGAUGGGCCCGAACGCCACUUCCGCUUCAACGGCGCAGGCCGGGGCUCCGGGGUGCCCCGACGGCGCGCGGCCGCGCUCUCCGGGCCCUGGGGCUCGCCGCCUCCGCUGCCGGGGCGCACGCUCCCGGCCUCCGCGCCCCGGCGGCCCGCGCCCGCCCUGCUGGCGCCGCCCAUGUUCAUCUUCCCGGCGCCCACCAACGGCGAGCCCGUGAGCGCCGGGGCCCCCGGCCCGCAGGAAUUGCCGCCGCCGCCGCCCACGCCGCCGCCCGCGCCGCCGCCCGCACCGCCGCCCGCGCCGCAGCCGCCCGAGCCGCUGCCCACGCCGCUGCCGGUGGCGCCCGCGCCCACCCCGGGUCCAGGCCACUUGGAGUCGGGCCUCGCUCCUGCGCCGACGCCCGCUCUGCCCCUCGCCUUGGCCGCAGACCAGGCCCAGGCGCAGGCGCAGGCCCAGACCCGGGCUCCGACCCCGGCUCCGACCUCAACCCCGGUCCCGGCUCCGGCUCUGGCUCCGGCCUCGGCCUCAGCCCAGGCCUUGGUCCCAGCUCCGGACUCAGCUCCGGCCCCGGAUCCGGAUCCAUCCCCAGUGCCAGCGCCAGCGCCAGCUCCAGAGCCAACUCCAGAACCAGAUCCCAACGUAGCUGAGCCCUCGGCACCUGCACCCGCCCCCGUCAAGACCCGCACGCGCAGGAGCAAAGGUUCCCGCGCGGCCCGGGCCGCAGCCCGUGAGGAUGGUGCUCCUGGCGAUGGUCCUCGCGGGCGGACUGCAGCGACGGAGGACGGCGGCGGAGGGAGUGGCGGCGGCGGGGCUACUCCGGCCGGGACCGCGAAAGCGGGCACCACACGCCACUGGCCACCCUUCCAGGUGCUUAACUCUUGUCCCUGCAAGUGUUACUGUCGCCACCAGCCGCGCCAUCGCCGCCUACCUCGCAACGUGUCUGCCUGGCUGAGCACACCCACCAACCACCUGAGCGAGCCGCCCUGGGUCGCCACCAUCAAGCUGGCUGGCUCUCUGGUAGCCGGGCUGGAGCAUUAUGACUUACAGGCCACUCAUUCCAACUGAGCACAGUGGAGCCCAUGCGCUCUGCC